AUGACGCGAAAGGAGCAGUUCGAGGUCAAGGGCCAGUCCGUCCUUAUAGCGGGCGGCUCUAAAGGCUUAGGCCGCGAGCUCGCAAUCCAACUGACCACACAGGGCGCAAACGUGACAGUCCUCGCUCGAACUCCCGGUCCCCUCGAAGAAACGCACCAAGAACUCGUCAAGCACAUUGUUGACCCAGCUCAAACCGUCGAUAGCGCAGCAAUAGACCUAACAAACGCAACCGAGGUCGAGGAAUACAUCUCCGCCCUCCCCACCGCACCAUCCAUCCUCUUCUGCGUAGCCGGCGGGACAGUCGACGAAAUCGGCUUUUUCGCGGAUAUCACGGCGCGGGAUAUUGAAGCGUGCAUGGCAAGGAAUUACUUUGCCGCUGCGUAUAUAGCGCAUGCGGUCCUUCGGCGGUGGAUUAGGAAUAUACCAGCGGGAACGGGCUCAUCGCCGAUAGAAGGAAGUACAAGGCAGAGACGACACAUCGUAUUUACAGCCUCCACCGCCGCAUUCCUCGGUCUCCCAGGCUACGCCGCCUACACACCCAGCAAGGCCGCGACGCGCGCACUCGCCGAUACACUCCGGCACGAAGUCUUGCUGUACGCCUCGCAGGUGGAAAUCAGCAUCCACUGCAGCUUCCCGGGAAACUUCUACACGGAUGCAUUCUACGCGGAGCAGGCACGGAAGCCCGCGCUGCUGAAAGAAAUCGAAGGAGGAGAGGAUGGUGGGUCGGGGGCGAAGAGCACGGGGCGUGUAGUGGAGAUGAUACUCGAGGGCUUGAGGAAAGGAAAAUACUUUAUCACGAUGGAUACCGAGACGGCACUACUGUUGAAUAACAUGCGUGGCCCGAGUCCGCGCGAUGCGCCGCUGCGCGAUUGGGUGUUGGGGGUUGUGGGGAGUCUGGUGUGGCCGGUUUUUAGGGUCAGGUUUGAUCGGGCCACCCUGAGAUUUGGGGAGAGGAUGUUGAAGGAGAGAAGGGACUAA